AUGUCUCUAAUCUCUUAUCUCAUCAGUAUCAUCUUACUUAGGAUUGGAUCGCCUUGCGGAGAACCUGGCUCUCAGUGGCUAAAUUUUGGCCAAUCAUGUUACCGCUUCUCUACGGCACUAGCGUCCACUUUUGAAGAAGCAUUGAACAUCUGUAUAAGUAUGGAUAGCUUGCUGGUCAGCAUUGGUUCAUACGGAGAAAAUAACUUCAUUGUCCAAAAAGGUUCUGGCCUGAGCACGAACUACUGGAUUGGGAUGUACAGAAUAAAAUGCCUCAUAGACGAAGGCCAACAUAGUUAUUGGCUCGAUGGAACUGAUUUCAAAUUCUCUAACUGGCUUGUUGAUGAACCUGACGAAAAUACCUGCUGUUCGAGGAUAAUAGCUCAAGGAGUCUGGAGAGAUAAGCCUUGCAAUAAUGGAUACCUUUACAUCUGCGAAAAACCGCUGGAAAUAAAAUUACCCACAGAGAAGAGAGCCAUAAAACGUUUGACUGACAAGUACAUUGUUGGUGAUAGUUUGCGAGAGGUACACGUCAAGAGAUGCUCGCCAAUGCACUGCCUGUCACUAUGCAUGCAAAACUGGAUAUGUGGCGGCUUCAACAUGAUACCAGAGCUUUCUGGGGGCUGUAGCUGUCAUCUCAAGGAUGCCAGAAGCUGGUUGACAUUUAAUACGGUAUCAAAAGCUGGAGCUGGGUACUGGAGCUACCCUAUUUACGGCUAUGAUUGA